AUGAUGCCGGACAUCCACUAUCAAACCAUUGUCCCCCGCGCCGUUCGCUCCGCCAUGUGUUUUGUCGAAGACGACGAGGAUACCUGCGUGCGUCUCACGGAGUAUCGGGUUCUGCCUGUCCGUGUUUCGUGUCCCCUUCCUGCUCCUCCUUGUCGUCGCAGGUGUAGCAGCAGUGACAGCGGUAGUAGCAGCAGCAGUGACUCGAGCUCGAGCAACAGCAGCAGCAGCAGCAGCAACAGCAGCAGCAGUAGCAGCGACAGCGACAGCGACAGCGAGAGCAGCAAGAGCAAGAGCAGCUACCACCAUCGUCGCCAUCAUCGUCGCUAUCACCAUCGUCAUCGCCAUCACCAUGACCAAGUCGUCGUUUGCCCGCCACCACCUCCGCGCCGUUCUUGCUCUCCAAGGUGCUCCUAUACCACCGUAACUCGCACCAUGACUCGCACGACCGAGGAGUCCCUGGUGCCCUUCUGGUCAAGGAAAUCGCCGCGACUGAUUGAAAGCCGCGAAUGCGGACCACAUCGCUUCGUGGAAUGUUUCGAGCCGGAUGAGUGCAGGUCUCGACGACGACGUCCUUUGGAAAGAGAGUGCGACGAUGACUUGGUGUAUAUCUGUGGAAGAUAG